UUUUAUCAGUUUUUUUUUUAUUAAAUGGCUAACGUGCAGAAUGUUUAUUAGUAUUAGGGUAAUAACAGAGUCAGCAUUUUAUAAAAUGGCUCAUAAUCCAGAUUUUUUAAAUUUGAAUGGUAAAGGCAGCAAUACAGAUAAACAAUGUUGCUCUACUUGUCUAUUAUUCUGCCCUAUUUUAAAUUUGUAUUAUUUUCCCAAUAUGUUAUGCAUAGUGAAUUAUUCACUGUUUACUGUGAAUACAUCCGAAGACACAAUCGUGUUAAACUGAAAACUUUGGGCUUUUAGUUCUGCUAAGAUAGUAUGACUUACUUUCAAUUAUUAUAAAUGAGCGUUAUUAUAAAUGAAUUAAAUUUUAGGUUACUCGCAAUUUUUACUUGCCAUGUAGAAUUGACUAUGUUGUAGAUUGCAAAAGAGGAAUAUAUAUGUAUAUAUACAUAUGUGUACUUGUGGAGAAUUGUUUAAUAAAGAAUUACAUUUACAGGUUUAAGUAAAAUGGAGAAGGGUUAACUCUUUACUGAAUAUGGCACUAACUUGAAUUGAAGAACAAAGAUUAAACUACAUAAUGGAUCGUAUAGAAAAUCUCUUAGACACCGGUGGCCGUUACCUGAGCCCUGCUGAUCGUCAGUUUGUAUCUACAUUGCUUAGCGAGCUUGAACAGUUCCAAUAUCAAGCACCGAAAGAUCGGGCGUUGAUGUUCCAUCCCCUGGGAGGUUUCCAGCGGUAUCUCAUUCACAAAGUAACUGAGGUCUUUCCCAAGUUGACGAGUUUCAGCAUUGGCGAUGACAGUAACAGGAGAACUGUAGUUUGCUUCAAAAGCAAAAAGAAAGACCAGCAGCAAGGAUUACAAGCCAACGGAACAUCUAAAACACUUCCCAACCCUAAAAACGAAUAUGUUAACGCACCUGUGCGUGGAAGAGAGGAGGAAGGAAGACAAUCUGCUCCGAGGAGCCGAGAUUCCUCAAGGAGUCGAAAAAAGAACGAGCCGUACGAUGCUAACACAUCUAAACAACCGCGCCAACCAAAGCAGUUGGAUCAGGCAUAUCUGCCGAAACCGCUACGGACAAAAAAAGCGACGAACAAACGCGACCAAAUGAAGAGAUCUCGUUCUCUGCAGUCUUCCCCUGUGAGGAUGGAUGAAGAGGUUUAUCACACGGAUGAUGACGGGAGGAGAGGCAGGAGGAGCAAAGGAAGUGAGAGUGGGAAGAGAGCUCCGAGGAGCGCUAGUCUGAAACCUUCCAGUCGAAGACGGGAGCGUGACGUUUCGCCUGAACCGUCCGAGGAUGAAUUCCGGCGCCAAAAACAACAUCCCCCAUUACGUCAUAACGUCUCUGACGUAAGCAUACACAAGCGGUCGCAAGGACUACGCAUGGAAGGAAAGGUCGUAAACGGGGACAUAGCCGAUCCGCACUCGUACGGUGACAGCGAGAGCGACAUCGGACGCGUUGACCAUGUCGCUGUGAACAAGGAAAAAGAGAGACACAAGAAAAAGGCACCGCCCGUCGAGUCACUGAAGCGUGGCCAGCCGAGAAGUCGACGUCACAGCCAAGAAAGCAGCGCGAGGUCGGUGUCGGAGGACAGCGAUGCACACCAUUACCACCGCGAUCCUCGACGUACCACUCCUGGGAAGGCGAAGAGACGACCAGAAUACAGUGAUGUGGACUCUAUUGAAGUGGAGUCUAGGAUUAGUGGGAUACAUGAUGACAUGGAUGAAGACUCCUCUAAUGAUUACUAUGAAGACGAAGACUCCGCAUCAAUGGCUUCCGAUGAGCGUCCUCCGUCAUACGAGCGUGUCAAGCACUCCAGCUCCAUUAAAAAAGCGGAACGGAACCUUAACCGUAUCAAGAGGGUCGACUCCCAACGUUCGAAACCAACUUCCGACGAAGAUGUUCAGAUUAGGGACAGCAGUAGUAGCAGCAGCGGUAGAACUGUACCGCGUGGUUCGACGCAUAAAUCUCCACCCGCUUCAACGUCGUCACAUCAUUCAAAGGAAGGUAAAAUGCAACGUUCAUCUACUAUGCCACGUUCAACGAAAGAACCUGCUAAGAAACAGCGUUCCUCUUCUAAAGGCAGAUCCCAGACCUUAAAAGGUCCUCCAGUCUCUACCGGUCGGUCAAAGAGUCAGAGCACUAAAAAGCAUCCUGCUCCCCCUCCUCCACAGAAAGAAGAAGAAAAACCGAAACGCAGCUCGUCUUCAAAACAAAGAAAGAAGCCUACCAGCUUAGAUGAACCAAAGAAGCAUAGUUCUGUUGUAACAUCCACGGACGACUUGCUGGAUGCUUCCAACUCCACUCUCUAUCAUCCUCUUCCUGAUCAGGAGCAACCAUCAACGAGUAAGAAGAAAUCCACGAAAGAAAAGCAAAAGAAACAUUCCCAACAAUCCUCCCCAGCCACCCCACCGUCUGACCCCAAUGCAAUCUCACCAGUGACUUGUGAUGGAACUGCUCAGACCGAAGUCAGCGGUACUUUGUCCCGUAGAAAAGACAACAGGCUACGAGAGUCGACGGACACCACCCCACAAGACUCUCCUUCACACCAGCCUUCGAAUCCGGAUUAUUCCAGUCCCAACCGGUUUACUUCAGCUCCCCCACCACAGGGCAACAGCUUCCAACAGCAGAAUCUACUCAACGCAUUCCAUCACCUUAUGCAGCAGCAAGUACAGCAGAAUUCAAACCUGCCACCACUGCCGCCACAGCUAGCUCAUCAGUUGUACUUAUCCUGGCUUGGAGCAUAUUACGCUGGAGCAACAGGAGCCCCACCUCCUGCCCCGCCCCCUUUUAUCAUCCCACAAACGAAUAACAGCAACAGCCAACACCUGGACGUUCCUCCCGUCCUCAGCCCAGCAAACCUGCAGACGCAUCAACUCCACCAAACCCACGAUCGUCCACCGAACGCUGAAGAAGCAGCCCGCUAUUACGAGCAAUUCGCGCACCCCCAUAACCAAGAUGACGGCUACAACGACUACAACGACGUGCCCCCACCUACCGACCAAUACCAUUUUAAUGAUGGUGUCCCAGCAGAAGACUACGCGCGGCAGGAGCGCGGGCGGCCCACGACCAAAUGCGACAACGGCCACUGCAACACGUCUAUUGUCCUCACCGACGCCGACAUGACUGACACAUCAUCAGUAGCAAGUUCGGUGGCGAAAGGUGAAAUAGCAGUGGCGAACAACCCUAAAGGAGGAGUGAUGAUCUACGUACGCAGCCAGCCCAACAGUCGGUCCAACAGCACCGCCGGCACACACGAGAGCGUCGAGAGUCUUAACACCAGCGACAACGUUCAGUCGCUUGGUAGCAGCGAGCACGGGAGUCAGACCAACCUCUCCGAGCGAAAGAAGUCGCCCCGCGGCAGCAGCAAGGGAAAGAAGAUCCCGAAACAAAGUUCGCCGGCAAAAAACGGACUGAGCUCUAGGAAGGCGACCGAAGGUGAGAGAGUGGAUCCACCGCGCACUAACCUCGCGUUUUCCACUAAUGACGGCAUACCACCGCCUAAUCAUAACAAUAAUCACUCGCUCGCACCUUCUACUGAGAAGGUUAGCUCGUUGCAUGCAACAGACGCCUUUCUGGGGCCAAUUCCGUCACCAAACACAUUUUCUAACGCUCUUUCAGCCCCGAACCGCCGGCCAAAAGAGCCGGUAAAGAACAGUACACCGUCGGGACGAAAAUCGGUCAAAUCUUCGACAAGAAAACCUCGUAACGACCCCGAUACACCCAGCACAAGUUUUAACACGAGUGCCAUGCUACAAGAUGCCAAUCCUGACGCUUCACACGAAGAAAUGAUUCUUUCGCUGCGAAGAGCGCCUCUCGCCACCAUAGAAGAUGAUGUUGACGGUUUCCUUUCCGGGUCACAUGCUUCUAGUUGUUCUUCCCUUAACUCAGCGCCUCCGGUCCCAAAGGAAACAAAGAAUACGGAGGCUCCACCAAAAGAGACCACCCAGCCUCCCAUACCAACAGAGAACAUACCUAAACCACAAGAUAUAGAACCAGCCACCAACUCUGUUGAUGUUGAGGUGCAUGAAAACGAUGAAGCAACAGGGGCAGAGGAAAACUCCGAAAGCGAAAGCGACGCUGCGUCUACGAAAAGCAACGUUGGGUCAAUCGACCGCUCAGCUGGUGACAUAUCUAUUUACUCCUUGGACGCUUCCGAUGGCUCUGACAAAGAGGACGAAGACGAUAAGCAGGAAAGCGACAAAGAACGCUCCGGGGAAAGCUCAGAUUCUGAAGAAGCGACAUGGCCCGCACCUCCUGUUCCUGUAAACGGCGACGGCGUAGACAAGUUCAAGUCCCCCGUAUCAGGCGACGAGCAGCCAUCUCCGCCGCAAGAGCCUGCGACCGUCACUCAAACGAUCGAUAUAGUAACGUCUCCGACUGAUAAUGCUGAUAACGAAGAGAUAGAGCAGCACCAGUCUGCUGGCUCCGUGACAUCGAGCAGCUCUGAGCCGUUUGCCGCUCCCCAGCAUCCCGAAGUCCCGCUGAUUGACGUUUCCGACUCCGACGCGAGCUCGACCGCUACCGAAGGCGAAAAAGCCGCAGAAAAUGGCGACUUGGGAAACGGCGAAGGGGAGCGAAGCAACUCGUCCUCGGAUUUAUCCACGUCCGACGAAAACCACAAAAUGAGUGACGGUAGCUAUGAUGGGGAUCAGAGCAGGACAGAAGAAUCGAUCCUCGCUGAUAAAGAGCAACCAGCGACCAACGGAACAAACCAAGUAGUUGAGGUGGACGGUGAAAUGGUCGUGGUCCAGGAGCCACAAUUCGACUACUAUAAGUGGAAACCAGACCAGGACGUGUGGAAGAGCCCAGAGUACAAGAAAUUCGUUGAGAUUUUCAAUUUUCCCGCCUCUAUGAGCGAUAUAGAAGUCACGCAGCACUUGAGCAAAUACAGGGGACUCAGAUUAGCUCGUGUUGAUGCCACGCAUGCUCUCUGUACAUUACCAUCGGAUGUGAUCGCCGAGGAAUUAGCUGAUCAGCACUUCACAGCGUUUGAAACUCGUCCCUUAUGUGAUGCAAGCAAGCAAACAAAGGCAAAAGCAAAGGCCAAACUAGAAAACGAAAAGUUCGAAGAAGUAAGAGCCCAAAGACCAAAAUCAAGUAAUGCUGUUGCGAAGCGCAUGAUAGCUGGUGCUCUUGGUUCAAGUCACCGAUCUUCCGCGAACAAACAGUCUACAAAAAAAUAGAAUUGUAACCGAACAAGAUUACUCCGUCAUUGACCCAGCCAUGACCCACCGUGUAUCCGAUCUAUCACCGACCGAACAUUCAUCCUACCGAGUAACAAGAAGCGUGAAAAUGAAUUUAGUCACGCAGGACAAACUUUUUUUAAUCUUUUUGCGAAAUCGGUUGAAAGCACUUUUGUAUCGUUCCGUACAGUAUUCGCCGCUACGCACACUGUAAAAAGAAUUCCACCCGACCCUGAAAGAGAGCAGGACCCAACUCGACGCAGUGCCAAACCAGCAGAAUCUACACCGACAAAGUAGUUACAGUUCGCCUCUAAUCAAAGCACCAUGGCUCUUUGUGAAGUUACGUUUUAAUUUUAUAUUGCGUGGCGACUUUCUGCAACCAGCGCUUCGAAUUUUGAGAACCCUGUAUAUUAUUCCCACGUUGCUGUAUAGACCUUCGCGUUUUUAGCCAGCAAUUUCUCUCCACUGGUGCUUUUCGUCGCGUAGUAAUUUGCCAACGAAGCUGGCCACCGCAUGUAAAUAUGUCCCAAUUGCGAAGGCAAUGGGUGAUAAACGGCCGCCGAAACUGGUACUUUUGCCCGAGAAAAUAAUUUCAUAUACCCGACUGUACACUGUUAGCCCUAUCGUUUUUUUGGAAUGUGCCAUCGUAUACGUUUCCCCAAUGGUAUGACUACGAGAAGCCAGGCGAGCCACCUAAUCAAUUAAUUCUAGUUUUCCUUUCAAUGAUUUUACAAAUAUCAAUUUUUAGACUAUACCUGUUUCUUUUCCUAGACUUAGAUUUUCUUAAUAAUUCACUUCGAAUCGAAUAAUUGUUUUUCUUCGGCAAAGUCGCACGUGAUACGAAGUCUACAUAACAGCUAUAUACUUCCGCUUGCAUCAAAUUCGCCAUAUACAUCAUUAUAAGCAAUAACGCGUAGAUGCUUGUGCCAUGAAAUAACCAACAUGCCCGUUUUAAUCAGUAAAUCUCGUAUGCAAGGUAUAAUGGUUAACUAUCGGUGCUAUAAUUUUUUAACUUUUUGGUGAUAAGUUUGGGUACGAAACUAAAGCUUGUUUUAUUUGGAACGUACUAAAAUCUCGUGAGCGAUAAAACUCGUUUUACUUUGUGCAUCUCGCGAAUUACAAGCUGGCUGUGCGAA